GCGUGGUGUAAUACUGACACGCUAAAUGCUAUAAAUCUUAUAAAUCCUAUAAAUCCUAUAAAUCCUAUAAAUCCUAUAAAUCCUAUACAUGCUGAGGUAUACUGAGGAGAAACGAAGAACUGAAUGAUGAGGAUAAGUGAAUUUGAUUCCUCUGAUGAAGAGGAGGUUGGUGAGGAAGAUUCCACCCCUUUCCAGAUCUCCUGGUUGGAUCUGUCAGUGGUGGAGUGCUCUCAGUUCCUCGGUAUCUGUUCUCUACCAGGAUGCAGAUAUAAGGAGGUGAGAAGAAACCUGGAGAAGGAUGUUGGUGAAUUAUGUUCUCAGGGUGUACAGGAUGUAUUUGUGUUCUGUGAGCGCUCUGAACUGGUACGUUACAGAGUUCCAUGUUUAUUGGAGAGUUACACACAGCAGGGAUUGAGAGUGCACCACCUGCCCUUUCCUGAUGGAGGCGCUCCUGAGUUACAGCAGUGCACCCGUAUCCUGGAAGAGCUGCAUCUCUGCUUACACCACCAACACCGCACCGUCAUACAUUGUUAUGGAGGACUUGGUCGCUCAGGACUCAUUGCUGCAUGUUUAUUACUCCAGCUCUCGGCCUCAAUGACACCUAGUAAAGCGAUCGAGAUCCUAAGAGAAGUGAGAGGAAGUCGAGCAAUUCAGACUGUUAAACAAUACAAUUUCCUGCAUGAAUUUCGAGAAAAGUUUGCAGCUUAUCAGGAAUCAAGAGAGAAGGUUACAGAGCGCUCCGUCUCCAGAUAAACCAGACAUCCGCUUUAGAAAGACAUGAGCUACAGAAACAUUUUAUCAUGAUUUUGUUAAAAAACACGCAUUUUCUCGCAUGCACCUGGUACGGACAUGAAAUAAACGUGGCUGUAUACUAAAAUGUGCUAAUAUCAGAAAACGGAGCAGUUUUCUCUGGACAUUCUGAACCUAGUCCAAAAAACCUGCAGUUUCUUUUAGUAACUGAUUAUCAGACCUGGAUUCAUGUUGGAUUGUUUACUUUUGUUCUAGCACCUUAAAACUUUUUUUUUUUUUUAAUCAUCUGAUUUUUAGAUUGAAUCUGAAUUCUGACACAAGAAGUAAAUAAAUAAAAACUAUGCAGAUAUAUUUCUGGAAUGUUUAGUAAAUUGUAUAUUUUGGUGCUUAUGUUUCAGCCUACAGAUUAAGUUCAUUAAAGAUUUACUGUGCAUUUCUUUGGUCAUAAUUAUUAUUUAAUUUAUACAAUUUUAAAUACUGUAAAAAUAAAGAUUUUUUAUUAGAUCUGAUUAUGGAUUAAAGUGUAACGUUUGAAAUGAAA